AUGAAGUUGCUGCUUUUACCGGUUUUAAUGGCUUUUUUCGCCGUCGUCCAAGUUUUUUGCGAAGAAAACGAGCCAAGAGAAGAAGCGGACUACUGGACCAGCAGCAACCAAAUACAGGACGGCUGGCCCUCUAACAACCCGUUCAGAGAAAUCCUCCUGAGAAUGACGAGAAAGCCGCGGCCGCAUCAGUUCAUCGGUCUGAUGGGGAAGCGCUCCAUGGCAAAUUCACAGAUCACCCGCAAAAGGCAUAAAGUCAACUCUUUCGUCGGACUGAUGGGGAAAAGAAGCCAAGAGGAGCCAGAGUCCUACGAGUGGAGCACAAUACAGACGUACGACAAGCGCCGCUAAAGGGUCGUCUGUUCACCCGCCUGCUUUUCAUCCAGCCAUUUGUCAUCCAUGGGAGGGGCACCUGACGGUUUCUCCACUGUGUAUAGCUGUUAGUCGAAUAAAAUGAUUCUGUUUCCACAUUGUAGUGAUGUAGCAGUGCUGUACCUGUGCCAGUUUCAUUUGUCCCAGCAGAAGGUAGAUUGGGCUAAGAGGAGUGGGGAUUCAUUAUCGGUGUUAGUGUUUUCUGUGAGCGUUCUCCACCAUCUGCCAUACCACAAAGACUCAAUGUUGUUGUGGACCAUCAAAGCAAGGCUGUACCCCAGGGUAUGCUGAAAAUUGCACUGCCAAAGUCACUGUAUAGUGCCUCAUAACUGUUUAAUUGCAAUUGAUUGUUCUAUGAAUACAACACACCGGGACCUGGUUCUCAUUUUGGCUUCAACCGACUUCAGAAGAGCCGUCAUGCACUGCAGCCGGACACGUGGUUCGACAUGGCAGGAUUCCUGUGUGUUACAGUGGUUUGACAAAUAUUAAAAUUAUUUUCUUUACUGGUUCAACAUCAGCUUGCAAGUCAUGAAUUCCUUGUGAUACAUUUAGCGUAUGUGACAAACCCUGCUGGUGUUCAGCAUUAGGAUAAGGGUGCUCUCUGGUGGUGGACAGAGGUGCUGCACACAAACUCAACACACUUCAGAGCCAGAGGGGAAUUUAUUUUAGGAGCAGUUAGAAUGACACAGAAACAAUGACUAGAAAAUAAGAUGCUGGUAAUGAUUAUACCUGGUUUAGAACAAUGUUCAACUUGUUGAGUGUCAUUGUCAGACUGGAGUUAAUGGAGUUAUUAUACUGUCAGAUCACUUCACUUCUCAACCAUCAAACAAGUGAGGGAUGAUAAAAUCUUCUACUGUGGUACAUACAUUUUAAUUCCUCAUCAUAUAAUAAAUCCACUAGAAUUUAAUUAAUUAGCAAAUCAAAUGACAAGGGAUGACACAUUUCUAUCACUAACAUAAUGUAACACACACUAGUCUGAAGUUUGCAUAGCCAACCCAAACCUAACACUUGUCAGCAGAGGUAACAUUAACCAGUGUGAGGAGUCAUGCCAGUUUCAGACACCUCCACACAUGAAAAACUGUCGACAUGUCCUUCACACAUAUUGCAUAAUAAACAGGACAAGUCAACAAGCUGAGCCGCAGCCUUUUGGUGUUAGCAGCUCUACAUAAUUCAUCUGAGGUUAAACCCAAAACUAAUAUGUAAAUAUUAGAAACAAUGAGGUCCUUUAACUAAAUAAGCUUCUAAUGAUCAGGUUGAGGUCAUGCAACAGUCUGAAAUUAUUAAAAUAUAUUCAAUAACCCUCCAUCAGGUAACUGAUGUGGCGUUCAUGAACCCUGUUCAUGUUUGGAUUUAAGAAGACGACAGUGUAUACAUUGUGAGAGGAGACUGAAGCUAAUUCAACUCCACAACAUCCAUGCAGCUGCACACAUCUGGUUAUAUAGUGCCCUAAAGAUGAUGAGUGCUCACUGUGAUGGAUCACCUAUUUAGCCCCAUGAAGUCUCUCAAGGUAGUAAUGAAACCAACUGAAACCAGUGACUGGAGUAUUUUGACAGUCUACCUGUAAAAGAAUGACUGUUUUGCUUUUAACUUGAUUCUACCACAAACCAGUAGAGCGUGAAAUGUUUGUGUUGUUUCUUCACCAUGUUUUGCAAGAGGUACAAAAC